AUGACCACCAAAACAAAUCUAAAGCGAAUCCGAGAGAUUCUUAUUACAGAUAAUACUAAUGAAUUUACUGAUAACAUUUCUGAGGAUGAUGAAUCAAAUUCUGAUCCAGAUUAUUCUUUUUCUGAUACUGAAUCAGACGACACAUCCACUGAUGAAUGUAUUUCGAACGAAGAAGAUUCAUCUGAUGCUCAUGUUAGCGACGAUGAUACACAAAUAAAUGCACAACCUGAAUCAAUAGAAAAAGGUGGUGUAUCGUGGUCAACACAGCGGCCUACAGUUCAAGGUCGUGUACAUGCCAUCAACAUAAUGACGACAAAACCAGGUCCUGUUACUGUAAUCCAGACAAUGAUGGAUGCGUUCAAGUUUUCCUUGACAGAUGAGAUCUUAAAUGAAGUUGUAUUACAGACGAACAAAUAUGCCAGGCGAUACAUGGAUCAACGAAACCAAAGACAAUUGAAUGAUGCAGCUAAUCAAACAAAAUCAAAGAAAUGGAAAGAACUUGAUCGUACUGAAUUAGAAGCCUUCCUUAGUUUGUUAAUUCAAGCUGGUCUUGGUCAUGCUAGUCACACAUCAGUAACUGAAUUAUGGGAUAUUAGUAAAAGCCCCCCAAUAUAUCAUGCUACAAUGUCAUUAGAACGCUUCAAAGAUCUUUUACGAUUUCUAAGAUUCGAUGAUCGUCAACUGCGUGAUAAACUGGAUCGUCUUGCACCAAUUCGAACCAUAUUUGAAUGUUUUGUGAAGCAAUUACCACAACAUUUCAUACCAAGUGAGAAUCUUACUAUUGAUGAACAACUAGUACCAUUUCGAGGUCGAUGUUCAUUUGUACAAUAUAUACCGAAAAAAACCAGUAAAUAUGGACUUAAAUUCCGGGUACUUUGUGAUGUUGAUAGUAGGUAUGUAUUAGCAUUAGAAUUAUAUACUGGAAAAAUAGGUAAUGUUAUCCAACGAAAUCUUGCAACAAAUGUUGUUUCACGAUUGGUAGAUCAAUUACCUAAUAAGCAAGCAAAACAAAAAAAACCACCAGUUAUAUUAUUAUCAACAUUACAUGAUUUUCCUGAAAUAUUGGAUGAUGAAAAAAAAGCUUCCAGUCAUGAUUCAUGA